AGUUCCUGCCCCAGAAGAAACCUUAUAACAGGAUGCAAUGGAGCGGAAAACACCAGCAGAGCAUGGAUCCCCCCUGGAAGGUGAUGAAUCCAGCCUCCUUCUCAGCAACUUUAAUAGUUCUGAUGUUUGCUGGCCUGUGCAAAGGUUUGCAGAGCCAGAAUUCAGGUUAUAACUUGACGGUUCGUGCUUCUGUCUCCGUGCAACGUGGCCUCUGUGUUCACAUUCCCUGCAGCUUCACUUAUGAUCAGAAAGACAGGACCAACCCUGAGAAACUCUAUGGUUAUUGGUUACAAUACAAAGAUGGAGAGAGGCACUAUUUUGCCCGCCGCUCCUAUGGCUGGACUAAUGGUAUUCUUGUGGCCACAAAUGACGAGAAGGAGGCCUGGUUCUCUGCGAAGACCCGUUUCAGCUUAACAGGCGAGCCGGAAGAAGGCAAUUGCUCCUUCAGCAUCCUGGAUGCCCGCUCAGAGGACGCAGGGAAGUACUACUUUCGAAUUAAGAACAGCGCUUUGGGAUACAGCUACGUGACUCAAAAAGUCCAAGUUCACGUGACAGAGUUAGAGAAACCACAGAUGUGGGCCUCAGCGGCGGUACUUUCUGGGAAGAAAGCUGUUUAUACUUGUUUGGCACCAGGGCCCUGCAUAAAGAUUGAGCCCACAUUUUCAUGGCAUACCCGUUUGAUAAGAUAUGAAACGACUCAGUGGAGCCAACAGCACAGCAAUGGCAGUUGGACUUAUGGGUCCAAUUGCACCUUCACACCCUCCCUCAAUGAUCAGGACAAAUGGCUCACCUGCCAGGUGCACUACCCUAAUAUAUGGAAAACAGUUGAGAAGUUCAUCCAUGUUGAUGUUGCUGAUCCACCCAAGACUGUCAAAAUCUCCACAAAUGCUACAGAUCACGAGCAUCUUGCUUCGUGCCCCAAGGAAGCCAAUGGGGAUCUGGAUGUUGCAGUGGCCCAAGAGGGUGAAAGCAUCAGCUUGCAAUGCGCAGCAGAGAGCAGACCUAACCCCACCCUGAGCUGGAGGAAGAGGAACGAGAUCCUCAACUGCACCAGGCAGGGCAAGGAGUGCGUUCUCCUGCUGUCCGAUGUCAGACCAGAGGAUGCUGGGGAGUAUCAGUGCCGAGCAGAGACUCCACAUGGCUCAGCCAAUAGGACCCUGCAGUUGUGUGUGCUGUAUGGUCCAAGGCUCAGCAGCAACCAGUCCAGGAGCAUAUGCUGGCAAGAAGACCACAGUUUCCACUGCAGCUGCUCUCUGAACUCCUGGCCUCUGCCCCAGAUCCAGUGGGAAGUAGACGGGCAGACCCUCAGUGAGGACAGCAACACAGGGGCCCCCCAGGUUACUUCCAGGGCCCAAGAGAAUGCAGUCACCAGCUCUCUGAGCUGGACAACAGGGAACCUAGACAAGAGCCAUGACAUCAUUUGCCGUGGGGCAAAUCAUUUGGGGACCUACACAAUGCACUUUCUAUUCAGUCCCCUUCCAAAAGGCGAGUGGAGCCAUACAAAUCCAGCCAUCGCUGGGCUCUGUGGCGCUUUAGUGGCUGUCAUCCUUUGUGUGCUUUGCCUCGGCUUGAUCAAGUUUUAUAAACAAAGGAAAACGAAAGCGUCUUCAAAAGCUGGUGGUGUGGAAGUUCUGAAUUCUGCCAACGGGGGGCACCAGAGAGCCAAUGAUGGCAGUCUGAUCUAUAGCAACAUUCCGCCUUUGGGUAAAAAACCACCUCAAAGCGACCAAUCCAAAGCAGCCAGAGAGAGGCUACCAACAUCCAGCCUUCGAGUUCCCAUGGCAAGUGUUCCUCCUGACCCAGAUGAGCUCUACUACGCAACCGUGGAGUUCUCCAAGCUGAAAGCCAAAGAACCAACACCCCCGGAGGAGUCUGUGGAAUACACAGAAGUCAAACAGAAAUAACACC